AUGAGUGAAAAGGGCUGUCAGCUGCUGGUGACCCCAUCAAGUGUGUCUCCAUCUCUGAGUCUUAUCAGGGGACAUCGGUCCAAGUCCGUCAGGAUACCCGGGUCUUCGCCCCAACACACUCAGCAGAGCCCAUUUGUUACAGAGAGAGCAAAAGGGGGGGGCGUCCAGCAGGUGCGAGCGGGAAAACAAAGCAAUAUGCAAACCAUCCUGCCAACUUUGAGCCUCCACAGAACGGCGCUAACUAACGGAAAACACGGAGCCAAGCCACGCCAGGCGGCGCCUGCUCCUCUCCCACGGUCAAGAAGCACCCUCAGCCACACAGAAGGCUCCACUGCAUCACGAGCAGAGAUCCAAGUUUUCGGUCGGCCUGCUGAUGCAACAGUGGCUAAUAACAGUCCCACAACAAAUGUCAGCCACCAAGCACCGACUGCAGUGACACAUUCCAUACCAAAUCCUUUUGGUGCACAGGCCCCUCCUACUGACGCCAGAUCUUUGCUGUCCAGAGAGUCUCUGGCAUCCACAACACUCAGUCUUUUUGACACCCAGUCAGUGUUCAGCGGCAAACAUGACUGGCCGUUUGGCUACCGCAUCCUUCCCCCAGUGGGACAUCCAGCAUGUUCUACACAGGCCAGCGAGGGAGGCGAGCAGCUCAGCUAUCCUCCUGCUACAGCCAUGUCUGGGACCACCACAUCUGGAGGAACGUCCGCCUCCCUGCCAUCGUACCUGUUUGCAGGCGACGCUGGAAGUCCACAGCAAAGUCAUGCUAAGAAAAGAGCUCUCUCUGUGUCACCUUUGUCUGAUGUGAUGGGAGUUGACUUUAACUCCAUCAUACGCACUUCACCUACCUCACUUGUGGCGUAUAUCAAUGGCUGCCACAACUCUCCUACCUCGCUGGCCACACGCUCACCUGUCCAGCCUGAAGGAUAUGGUCACUUUCUGGGAGUAAAAGGCAGCUACUUCACACAGACCCACCCUCAUGCUUCAUCACAUGGUCUCUCCCUGGUUGGAUGUGAGCAGAUGCAAACGCUUGAAGAACAAGGAGGACUGGAAAGUCAGAUGGCAAACAUGGUGGUGGAGCAGCAGCAUCUUCCUGAAGAAAAUAAUCGAGGGAACAUGUUUGGAGCCUGGAGCCAAGCUAAAGCAUUUCCAUCUGUGUCCUUGCACCCUGCGGCUCUGACAACGAUUGAUGAAACUUCUGCCCUGCUGGGAAAUCCACCACCCUACCACUCCCACCGGCACAUCCACAUAUCCAGGUGUCACGGCAAAACAGGGUGCCAAGAUCUAAGCCAGCUUCAUUCGGCUCAUACGAGGCAUGGGGUCAGCUUUCUACCACAGGUGCCCAUGUUGGAGGAAGAAGAAGGAGAGUUGGAGGACGGCGAGGGCCAUUUGUGUCGAUGGUUAGACUGCAGUGCUCUAUACGACCAUAAGGAGGAGCUGGUCAGGCACAUAGAGAAACUGCACCUUAUCCAGAGGAAAGUGGAGGACUUCACAUGUUACUGGACAGACUGCCCCCGAAAGCGUCGGCCCUUCAAUGCGCGUUACAAGCUCCUUAUCCACAUGAGGGUCCACUCAGGAGAGAAACCCAAUAAAUGCACGUUUGAGGGCUGCAAGAAGGCUUUCUCUCGGCUGGAAAACCUUAAGAUUCACCAGCGCAGCCACACGGGCGAGAAACCAUACACGUGCCAGCACCCCGGAUGCAACAAAGCCUUCAGCAACUCCAGCGAUAGAGCCAAACACCAGAGGACACAUCUAGACACGAAGCCAUACGCAUGCCAGAUACCAGGAUGUGAAAAGCGGUACACUGACCCCAGCUCCUUGCGGAAGCAUGUGAAGUCCCACUCCACCAAAGAGAGACAGACACGAAAGAAGAUGAAAUCCACAGAGAUCGCGGCCCAGGAGACUCUGACCGAGUGUUUAACCAUCCAGCCCCUGCAGCCUGUUUUUCCUCCAUCAUUGACCAUUGAAAACACAAAAACACCUGCCAGAGCCUCUCACAAGCUGUACACCGUUUCUCCUCAGGGAGAAGCCACCAGUCAUCCUCAACUGCCCUCCUCCUUUCCACCCAACUACAGGUUUGUUGAACCCUCCCCUCAGCAGCUCUUCACCAGGGACCACCGCAUGCCCAACUUGUCCACUGGUCCACCACAUGCUCCCGUUGGGACAGCAGCACAGAAGAUGAACCCUAUCCAUGAAGCUGAUUUGACAAAGCAGAACACAGGUGCUACAUGA